AUGGACUUUACAAUCUCCUUAACUCAUUUCUGCGAGACGCAUGGCCCCAAGAACGUCCUCUGUACACAAGUGCUGCCCGUCGAAUGCGCAACAUGCCUUCCGCCAACACCGCCGCUCCGGGCACGCUCCUCAGGCGAAACACUCGACGGCGAAGACGACUACCAUGAAUACACCACCACCCAACAACAUGCCAUACCUUCCCUUCGGAAGACCGGCACAGACCUGACUCUUCCUACCGACUUCUUCGGCGCCUCUACCACCAUCGACUCAGAGCCCGAGAGUCCUAAUAUCGAACGUCAUCCUCUGUUCAGACAUAGCGACACCGACAUUGCUCCGCGUUUUCGCUACGGCCGCGCCCAAGGCGAGACCUGCGCAUCCUGCUCCUUCACCGUUCCAGACCCGGUCGCCGGCCAACUUCCCGCCGGCGCUCCUGGCAGCAUCAAGGCGGAUAGAAAGAGCAAGAACGGAGCACCUGUUUUCCGGUCGCGAGAGCUUGUGUGCUUGGGCUCUUCCCCACCAGACAAAACGAACAAUCUUGACAUGCUCGGCGCGCACUCGAAUGGUAGUGCUGCAAACAGCUACCCUGGCUCCUCCUCCUACAACUCCUCAUCCCAAUCGCAUUCUCACUCACACCAUCAUUCCUCCGACACCUGCCACGAGCACACAUUCACCUACUUGACCGCCAAAUCGCCGUCCUCUCCCGAGACCUAUGCCGCACUCCGUGCGUCCGUCAUUCGAACACUGUCCUGUGAGAUGCUACCUCGAGGCAUGGCUGACGGGCCUCUGUGUUUCGGCGACUCUAUUGCAGGGUACACCAUAGCCUACAUAUUUCGACUCACAGACCCGAAGGCAAGAGGCAGGAGGCGGUGCUAUGCAUUUCUCGCCUUAGCCGGCACAGAUGCAUCCCGCGCGUUCCGGGCAUGUCCAAUGCUAUGGCAAGCAUUUGCCGGGAUUGCGAAGGGCAUCGAGGCUAUGGCCACGCGAGCGGUGGAAGAGAAAGAGCGGAAAGAGGAAGAGGAGCGCUCAUCAACUCGGCCUGUAAGUGGCGCAUUUGGCACAAAAUCUGGCACGGGAGGUAGCAGUGGUGGGACGAAGGAGAAGCUAGCAUACACGCCCGUCUCCUCAUUCCUUACACAGCGCGCAAUGGAUCCGGAUGGCACGAUGCGGCGAGCAGGUCAGACGAGUCCGCGAUCACUGGCGGACAUUGUGGGCGACGAAACGAUUUUCGCCGCGCUUCAUCGAUAUUUCGUUGUGCUGCUACGGAUGCUGGGUGCAAGUUUUGGGGGUGUGCCGAUCGCUAGUGAGAGUGUCUACCAGACGACGGUGGCUGGUGCGGGUGACCUUGAUGAGAUACACAGCGAGAAAGUGAAUCCAAUCCAGCUCACCAAGCCACGAACACGCAAUGAGGACAAAGCAGCAGAAGCCAAGACCGACAAGACCAAGUCCUCAGCCACAGGCUCACCCCAGAAGGGAUCCAGCAAGCAGGACGCCCCGCCGCCAACGAUCCCCGCCAACGGCACAACCCUUCCGACCCGCACGAGAACCAAAGGAGACAUAGAUUCCGGUCAAGGUCGGAAGGAGCGCACACACAAGCCACGAGAGCCCUCCACGGCGUCUACCUCAACAACAAGCACGACGAUCGAAGAUGACAUUAUGAGGGCUAAGCGCCGGUUGAGUAAGACUCUGAGUUUGAGCGCUACCGGCCCGUGCGCGCCGUUGCAGGUCACGCAAGCGGAUGUUAUGGGGAAGGUUGCUGUUGCUGGUGGUGCUGUUGUGAAGUGA